GUCGCGGAUUUGCUGUUCGUCCACGGGCAGCAUCGAAAAGUGUGAGCGAAAAGCGAAGACCGACAUUUUGGCCACACAGAAUCACCGCACAUCGACGAGACGAGACGAAACAUUUUUCCGCUAGAUUCCUUCAAUUUUGGUUCGAAUGUCAUAAGGGCUGCCGAUCCAAAACAGGUCAUUUGUGAACGAAAAAGCAGCAUAGUUGAAGAUGUUUUCCUCGAUGAAAACGUUGAUGACGGUCGCAACACGGGCUGAGCUGGCCCGUGGUUAUGCGGCCAAGGCAGCGGCUAAGGCGGCCGCCGGUUCAUCCGGUAAGGUAGUAGCCGUCAUCGGUGCCGUCGUGGACGUCCAGUUCGAUGACCAACUGCCGCCAAUUCUGAAUGCCCUGGAGGUGCAGGGUCGUUCUGCCCGUUUGGUGCUGGAAGUUGCGCAACAUCUGGGAGAGAACACCGUCCGCACAAUCGCCAUGGACGGUACCGAAGGUCUGGUCCGAGGCCAGCAAGUGCUGGACACCGGAUCGCCCAUCAGGAUUCCGGUCGGUGCCGAAACCCUGGGCCGUAUCAUCAACGUCAUUGGUGAGCCCAUUGACGAGCGUGGUCCCAUUGAGACCAAUCUGUCCGCUCCUAUCCACGCUGAAGCUCCCGAGUUCAUCGAGAUGAGCGUCGAACAGGAAAUUCUGGUCACCGGCAUCAAGGUCGUCGACCUGCUGGCCCCCUACGCCAAGGGUGGUAAGAUCGGUCUGUUCGGAGGUGCCGGUGUCGGCAAGACCGUAUUGAUUAUGGAGCUGAUUAACAACGUCGCCAAGGCCCAUGGUGGUUACUCCGUGUUUGCUGGAGUCGGAGAGCGAACCCGCGAGGGUAACGAUCUGUACAAUGAAAUGAUUGAGGGUGGUGUCAUUUCGCUUAAGGACAAGACCUCCAAGGUCGCCCUGGUGUACGGUCAGAUGAACGAGCCCCCCGGCGCCCGUGCCCGUGUUGCCCUGACUGGACUGACUGUUGCUGAAUAUUUCCGCGAUCAAGAGGGACAGGAUGUGCUGCUGUUCAUUGACAACAUUUUCCGUUUCACCCAGGCCGGUUCCGAGGUGUCUGCCCUGCUGGGUCGUAUCCCGUCCGCUGUCGGUUACCAGCCAACCCUGGCCACUGACAUGGGUAGUAUGCAGGAACGUAUUACUACCACCACCAAGGGAUCCAUCACUUCGGUACAGGCCAUCUAUGUGCCAGCUGACGAUUUGACCGAUCCUGCUCCGGCCACCACAUUCGCUCACUUGGACGCCACCACUGUGUUGUCGCGUGCCAUUGCUGAACUGGGUAUCUACCCAGCUGUGGAUCCACUGGAUUCCACCUCCCGUAUCAUGGACCCCAACAUCAUCGGUACCGAGCACUACAACAUUGCUCGUGGUGUCCAGAAGAUCCUGCAGGAUUACAAAUCGCUUCAGGAUAUCAUUGCUAUCCUGGGUAUGGAUGAAUUGUCUGAGGAAGACAAACUGACCGUCGCCCGUGCCCGUAAGAUUCAGCGUUUCCUGUCCCAGCCCUUCCAGGUUGCUGAAGUCUUCACCGGACACGCUGGCAAGCUGGUUCCCCUGGAGGAAACCAUCAAGGGAUUCACCCGAAUCUUGAACGGUGAGCUGGACCAUCUGCCCGAGGUUGCAUUCUACAUGGUCGGUCCAAUUGAGGAGGUCGUCGAGAAGGCCGAACGUUUGGCCAAGGAAGCUGCCUAAGGUGGGGAGCCACAACCACACAAACAAUACCGUAAUUAGUCAUCACUUAGUUGCACGCCCGAGAAUAGAAACAUUAACAUACGGGAAUGGGACUGGGAAGGUGGUUCCGGAAUCCUCCCACUUGUCUGUGAAUCGUCUUCAAGUUUCAUUCCUAACGAACCUCUAAGGAUAGGACAGUGGAAAAUGUAGUGAAAAGAGAUCCGAUAAGCCCAAUCAGCUUGAAGUAUUGUCUAAAAGGGGAACGCAAAAAAGCAGUUUUAAGGAAGUUCGGAAAUACAGGAAAAUGGCAUUGGUCGUGAGAAAAAUUAUGAAAA